CGCCCACGACGCACCGCCCCACGCGCAUGCGCAGUGGCCGCGGGGGCGAGCAGGGGUCAGGACGGCGGAGGGCGCUCGGGGCCGGUGAGGACUGGCCAUGGCAGCGCUGCGACUGCUGUACCAGGCUGCCCGUACAGGCCCCCUGGCCCCACGUGGCUCCCUGCGCCCACUCAGCACCAGCACCCCCAGGGACUGUUACAAGUAUGUCAACAUCCGGGAGCCAGCCAUGGACAUGCGAUCCAUCACUGACCGCGCCGCCCAGACCCUGCUCUGGACCGAGCUCGUCCGAGGCCUGGCCAUGACCCUGAGCUACCUUUUCCGUGAGCCGGCCACCAUCAAUUACCCAUUUGAGAAGGGCCCGCUGAGCCCACGGUUCCGCGGGGAGCAUGCGCUGCGCCGGUACCCGUCCGGGGAGGAGCGCUGCAUCGCCUGCAAGCUCUGCGAGGCCGUGUGCCCGGCACAGGCCAUCACCAUCGAGGCCGAGCCCCGCGCCGACGGCAGCCGCCGCACCACCCGCUACGACAUCGACAUGACCAAGUGCAUCUACUGCGGGUUCUGCCAGGAGGCCUGUCCUGUGGAUGCCAUCGUGGAGGGCCCCAACUUUGAGUUCUCGACGGAGACGCACGAGGAGUUGCUCUACAAUAAGGAGAAGCUGCUCAACAACGGCGACAAGUGGGAGGCUGAGAUCGCGGCCAACAUCCAGGCUGAUUACCUGUACCGGUGAUGGCCCCCACCCGUCCCCCAAAUAAAGCAUUUGGGAAUUCAGCCCCUCUGUUGGCACUGUGGGUGCCAGCCCCUUCCCAUAA